AAAGCGCCUUGAAUGGAGUGUCCAGAAAAGCGCUAUAUAAGUGGCUGGAAGCCAGUGUCCGUCAAUAUCAUGGAAAGCCCAGUGAUGGAAAACCCAGUGCAACCACAACACAUUCUGGACCUCUGGGCCAUUGUCCUGGUCAUUCUGGCCACGAUUGUGGUUAUGACCUCCCUGUUACUGUGUCCGGCGGUGUCCGUUAUAAUCUACAGGAUUCGGACUAACCCAAGCAGAAAUGAGAUUGAAUGACUCCGGCAUGAAUGAACAGUCCUUCUUCUGCAGAACAACGCCAAAAAGUUCCACAUGCUGUUUGUUCACAGAACAUGUGAGUCUGACGCAAGCAUGCAAGAGCCUUGAAAGGGAUCUUCCAGACUGCUGCAAGAAUUUUGCACACCAUAUAAGAGGAUCGUAGUCAUUCGAAAAAAGGCAUCCUUUCUUCCUGCAAUAAGAUAGGACGUACACACUGGUGGUUUACCUCUAGGUUUUGUUUCUACUCACAACUACAUGAUUAAUCCUACAUGAUUGCUUCAGGAAGAUGAACUUAAGUGCCUGCUAAUAAGAUUUUGUCUGGUGAAUGCUAAGACCUCACUGCUUCAAUUGAACUGUGCUGGGAUACACAGUUUAUUCUAAAGGGGUUCUCGAGUCAAGGGACAGUGCAAGGUAUGAAGAAGAAGUUGUUUUUGGCAUAUGAAUGGGAUACAUUUCCAUCCCAAACCAAAGAACACUUUGUUUCUGUCCGAACUGAGAGAGAUGGUUAUGUUAUGCUAUUUUUGUAAAGUUACGGUACAAACAGUAUUACAAAUGCUUAUAAAGCAGACCAUUUGCUAUCAAAAAGCAGUCUUUACAGUAAAGUUACAGUACAAACAGCAUUAAAAAUGCUUAUAAUGCAGGACAUUUGCUUUUAAACUGCAGUCUUUACGGUCUUUUAUAUUUUAUUAUUAGAUGUACAGGCGAUGGAGGAAAUUAUAUGAAACUGACAAUAUAAACUAUUAAAUAUGAUCGAUUCUAUGGAAUAUUUCACAAAAAGAAGAGUAAACAAGAACAAAAAAUGUUUGCCAGUGCACUGUAUUCCAGCCAGCUGCGGGAAGCAAGGUACUAUAAAGGGUACUGAAGUGAGCAAUUAAUUGCCAAGAUGGCUUCAUGCUGUUUACAUAAGAAACGUGUUUUUCCCCACUAUCUCUGUUGUUUUGCCAGUUUUCUGUUCUGUGGGCAAGUGCACAAUACCCUUGUCCUCUUAAUUCACAAUCUGCCAGUCAGUUGUGCACAAGGUCAAAGAUAUCUAAUAAAUGCAACUUUUGGAUUGAUUUGUUGGUGAGCUGUCAGGCUUCGAAUUGAACAGAAUAAAUCUGGUAACCAAAAAAAAACUAUUAUUAAAUGAAAUGUCACUUGUACUAAACGGCAGUCUUAGUUUCUACCCCUACUACAGUUUCAGUCACUGUAAGAAAAGCAAAACCUUACAGUGCACAAUCAAAUGUGUAACUCUUGUGCUUUUAACUUGUGUAGUUACACAUAUGCUUGUUCCUGCUUUUGGCAUCUUCGAAAACACAGUGCUGUGUGACAAGGUCUUUUUCCUCCAGAGUCUCUCACAGGAAGCCUCUGCACUCUGUUUAUACCAUACAUACAGUACUGCUGAUAAGCUCUGUAAACAGGAAGCAAGUGUUUACAGUAUCUUACACAGUACAAUAAACAUCUUCCUCAAACCCUGUCUCUGUCAAUCACAGAUACUUUUGAUAUGAUAAUAAUGGUAUUUUGCCUCUUUAUAAAUGCAUACUCACUAGAUGCAGUUUUUAAUGUACCAUACAGUUGUGUCAAAGAUAAAACACAUACUGAAAAACACAACUUUAACAUGAAGGGUAAAAGACACCUCAGUAGAGAGUAAAGAGCAUAACACCUUUUCUGAAGAUUGUCUUACCCAUUAUUGUAAUAGCAGGAAUGGAGAAUAAGGGGAUUAAGUAUUGACCUACUGUAGGUAUAGUUAGGAAAUGAUACAGCUCUUUGCAGUUUUGACUUCUCCCCAAACAGCCUGCAGUAAAUCCUGAUUGCACAAUAUGAUGACACAAAUUUACUUGUCUGCCUCAAGGGUUCAUGUCAGGUGCUUUCAUUUCAGGACUUCAUGCUGGUGUCCCGCUACAAUAAAUAAAUAUCAGCCUACCCUUUCUCAACAAGCUGUAGUCAUUAAUUAGUCAAUUUUCUGUAUUAUCGAUUAAAUUGUGCUCUUUGUUGUCAAAAUAAAUGGACAAGGACAGAUAGCUGAUAGAUAAAUGUAUUUGCAUAAAUUCACCAUGCUGCAGCUUGUUAUAGCAUGUCAUUCAAAUGCAAGAUUGUGCAAGGAACGUGUGAUACAUUCAUUCUUUUAUUCUGUUUUGUGUAUAUGUGUAAGCACUGUGAAUGAAAAUCCAGAACAAAAGAAAGUGUUAAAAGAAUGGUUUAUCUGAUUCAAAAGUAGGAUGCAAUAUACUGUAUUCUUCCUAAA